AUGCAUGGGAGGGUUCAGCGGGAAGGCGAGAGCAGUAGGAACCUACGGAGGAGCAUUAGUCAGCACAUGCGGUCAGUCCCACCCUUGACCACGAGCAACAGAACUAUAGCUGCCACAGGUGAUCAUCCAUCAGUUACUUCUUCUACCAUCACCACAACCUCCACAGCCAGUGAUUCAUUUCUCAAGGACGGUCGAAAAAUUAGCAUAGGUGAUUGUGCUCUUUUUAAGCCACCUCAAGAUUCUCCACCUUUCAUUGGGAUAAUUCGCUGGUUGGCAGUGAGUAAAGAGAAAAAGUUACAGUUAGGUGUGAAUUGGCUUUAUCGACCAGCUGAGCUGAAGCUUGGCAAAGGCAUCCAGCUGGACGCCGCGCCAAACGAAAUUUUUUAUUCUUUUCACAAGGAUGAAAUUCCUGCUGCAUCGCUUCUCCAUCCGUGCAAAGUUUCUUUUCUUCCAAAAGGUGUUGAACUUCCUGCAGGGGUAUCCUCAUUUAUUUGCCGGCGAGUGUAUGACAUUGAGAAUAAUUGCCUUUGGUGGCUGAAUGAUCAAGACUACAUUAAAGAGCGACAAGAAGAAGUAGAUCAACUUUUACAUAAAACUCGAAGGGAAAUGCAUGUAACUAUGCAGUCUAGUGGUCCUUCUCCAAAGCCAGGAAAUAGUCCCGCAUCAACCUUGCAAUCAAAAUCUGGUCCUGAUAAUGGACAGAUCGGUGAAACUUCUUUUUCUCCUCAAGUUAAGGGAAAGAAGAGGGACAGAGGAGAUCAGGGUGUUGAUCCUAUCAAAAAAGAACGUUCUUCAAAAACUGAUGAUGGUGAUUCUGGUAUUUUGAGAGCUGAAAAUAGUUUGAAAUCCGAGAUAGUGAAAAUAGCAGGAAAAGGAGGUCUCAUGGAUUUGGAGGGGGUUGAGAAGUUUGUCCAGCUUAUGCAACCUGAGAGAAUGGACAAGAAAGUGGAUUUGAUCAGCCGCUCUCUGCUUGCAGGUGUGUUGGCUGCCACUGAUAAGUUUGAUUGCCUUAAUCGGUUUGUACAGCUUAGGGGUUUGCCAGUGUUGGAUGAAUGGCUCCAGGACAUCCAUAAAGGGAAGAUUAAUGAUGGUUAUAGUUCCAAGGAUGGUGAUAAAUCUGUUGAGGAAUUUCUUUUGGUUUUACUUCGUGCACUUGACAAGCUCCCAGUGAAUCUCCAUGCCCUGAAAAUGUGCAACAUUGGCAAAUCUGUGAAUAAUUUACGUUCGCAUAAGAACUUAGAAAUUCAGAAGAAGGCAAGGAGUUUAGUUGACACAUGGAAGAAACGUGUUGAAGCUGAAAUUGAUGCGAAGUCAGGUUCAACUCAAGCUGUUUCUCCAUGGCCUUCCAAAUCUCGCCUUCCUGAGGCUUCUCAGGGUGGGAGCAAAAAUUCAAAUUGUUCUGAUGUGGCCAUUAAAAGCUCUAUCACGUUGCUUUCUGCUUCUAAAACUUCUUCAGUGAAGUUUUCACAUGGUGAGAGUAACAUAAAGUCAUCAUCCUCAUCUCCUGGCCCUAUAAAAUCGUCGUUGUCAUCACCUGCAACAGGCAAAGAUAUCCAGCCCAGAAAUUCUGUUGGUAGUGCUACUGAUUUGCCUCUAUCCAGGGAGGAUAAGAGCAGCAGUGCUGUUCAAUCUCAUAGUUAUAGUCCGUCGUCAGUAAAAGAUGACUUGAAGGGUUCUGCUUCUGGUUUGGUGAGUGUUAAUAAAAUCUCUGGCAGUGCUUCUAGGCAUCGGAAGUCAAGCAAUGGUUCUCCUGGGACACCUGUAAGCGGAGGUCUAAAAGAAACAAGCUCAAGCAGAAGCUCUUCACUGCACAGAAAUACUGCAUUAGAGAAGUCAUCUCAGUCUGCCUUAAAUGCUGACAAGGCUCUUGAGGCACCCGUUAGUGAGGGCAGCAGUCCUAAGCUAAUCGUUAAGAUACCAAACUGCGGACGUGUUCCUGCACAAGGUGCCAACAUAGGAUCUUCAGAAGAUCCUACCGUUAUGAGCAGUCGAGUUUCUUCUCCAGUGCAUUCAGAGAAGAUUGAUCAGAUUGAUCGUAAACCGAAGGAAAGGAGUGAUGCGGAUUUCACUUCAGAUGUGAAUAUGGAGUCAUGGCAAGGCAGAGAGUCCAAGGAUGUGAUGAAUGGUUCUGAUGAGGCUGUUGGGUCACCUGCAGCUCUUCCUCAUCAAGAGCAAAGUAGAACCACUGAAGCGUCGAGGAGAAUUAUUGAUGCUUCGAAAAGAAACGACUUGAGGUCGUGUGAGGCCUCGUUCAGCCCCAUGAAUGCUUUUAUUGAGAGCUGUGUUAAGUAUUCCGAAGCGAAUUCAUAUGUGUCACUUGAGGAUGAUAUUGGAAUGAAUCUACUUGCUAGUGUGGCUGCUGGAGAAAUGUCAAGAACUGAUUCUCCAGAAAGAAGCACCCCUGUAGCUGAUGAAGUUUGCACACACGAGAAUGUUAAAUUAAAGUCACUUACUGGUGGGCAAAUUUUGGGUUGUGAUGAUGUUGAUAACAAGAAACAGGUUAUAGCUGGCACUUCUUUGCCUGAAGAUGGAUCCCCUGUGUCUAAACAUGCACCCCUUGAGCAUUCUGGUGAAAGAAGAUGCGCUUCAUCUCAAGUUAACGAAGAUCCGCUGACUGGAGAGUGCAAUAAACACGUGAACUUGGCUUGUAUAGAUUUGAGAAACAGUGCAGAUCCUCAGGGAGAUAUCAAUGAGAAGUCUUGUGAAAUGAGCAGUUCUGCUUCUUUGAUGCCAUCAGUCAAAAUGGAGAAGAUGGAAGAUGAACCAAGUAAAAAUGCUCUUGAGGAGAAGGUCCCUUCAAGUAAUGUAAAUUGCGAUGCCAAUUUAGAUAGUAAACCUUGUGGAAAUGAUAACUUGGCAUCCCAGAACACAGUCAGCCAUGGUCUUUCUAAUGUAGAAGGUGGUAAUCGAGCAGCUCAAGUUGUAGGUGACAGCGGAAAUGAUGUAAAAGAAGAGUUAUGUACUGGCUUUCCUGUGGAGCAAGAACUACCUGCAGUUGUUGCGUCAUCUGUCUUGACAGUAAGAUGUGAUAAUGAAAUGCUGCAAAGAACUGCUUCUGAGAAGAAAGUAAUUUCAGAAAAUGCUAAUGAUGUCGAUGAAGAAAAAGGCGGUGAAAAGGAUUCUGUGAAUAAUGUUAGCCAGUCUGAAAUACAAAACUUUAACAAGGGAGCAGACAGGUCUAAUAUCAAAGAUCAAGGUAUGAGUUGUUUAGGUUCUACUAUGGAUGAAGUAAGCAGUCAAAAUAUAGAGGUGAAUGUAGAGAACAUGGAAUUCCCAGAGCACCAAUCUGGUAUAUCCUCUCCUCAGAGAGAGUCACCUGCUAUUUCUUCCGUAGAACCACAGAAAAAAACUGAGUUGAGAGAAUCAAAUCUUCCUGGUGUUGAAGCGGAUGAAACUGAGGAAUGCUCUUCCUCUGUGGCAGAGGCUUCAUCAUCUUCUGCUGACGCACCUCCAGAACCUGACGCUAAGAUUAAAUUUGACUUAAAUGAAGGUUUUAUUGCAGAUGAUGGAAAAUAUGGGGAGCCUGUCAACUUCAUAGCCCCUGAUUUAACCAGUGUUAAUGUGAUCAACCCAUUGCUUUCUGCUGUAAAUUCUGUUUCCAAUGGCCUCCCUGCAUCCAUUACAGUGGCAGCAGCAGCAAAAGGGCCUUUUGUUCCUCCAGAGGAACUUUUGAGAAGUAAAAGUGAACUUGGAUGGAAGGGAACUGCUGCCACUAGUGCAUUUCGACCAGCUGAACCCAGAAAAUCCCUUGAAUUGCCUUUGGGAUCGACAAAUGUAUCCCGUACUGAUGCUUCUAAUAGUAGACAUGUCCGCCCUUUGUUGGAUAUCGAUCUAAAUGUGCCAGAUGAAAGAGUGCUUGAGGACAUGGCUUCUCGAGAUUCUGAUUUAGCAGUCCAUUCUACUUCUGAUUUCACACAUAAUCGUGGUAUGACAAUGAAUGAGUGCACAGGUGCUGCACGUUCCCGUGGCUCUGUAGCACUUGAUCUUGAUUUGAACAGAGUUGAUGAAGCUGAUGAAGUGGGCAAUUGCUCUUCAAGCAUCAAAUUUAAAGUUGAGGGUACGGAUUUUCCUGUUGAUUCAUCAGGCGGUUUAUCUACUGGUGAUGUUAGAAGGGAUUUUGAUCUAAAUGAUGGGCCUUUAGUUGAUGAUGCUAGUGCUUUACAGUUUUCACGUCAGGGUAAGGGUGGUAUGCUGCCUCAGCUGCCUGCUGCUGGCUUGAGAAUGAAGAAUUUAGAACUUGGCAACUUCCCGUCUUGGUUUCCACCCGGGAAUACAUAUUCAACUGUGACAAUUCCGUCAAUGUUACCGGACCGAGCGGACCUGCCCUUUCCGGUCGUUCCUCCUGGUGCCCAUCAAAGAAUGUUUGCUCCUACUGGUGGUACCCCAUUUACUCCUGAUGUUUAUCGGGGACAGGUUUUGUCAUCAUCUCCUUCGAUCCCUUUCCCAUCUAGUUCUUUUCAAUACGCGUUUCCUUUUGGAACAACUUUUCCUCUACCAUCUGCCACUUUCUCUGUUGGAGCAACCUCAUACGUAGAUUCCUCAUCUGGCGGAAGGCUAUUUAAUACACCUAUAAAUUCACAGUUUCUGGGCCAUGUUGGUGCUGUCUCGUCCCAAAUUUCAAGGCCUUUUCUGAUUAGCCUUCCUGACAGUAGCUGUAAUGGUGGCUUGGAUAACAACAGAAAGUGGGGCAGGCCGGGUCUGGAUCUCAAUGCUGGCCCUGGUGCAGUAGACAUUGAAGGUAGAGAAGAGAUGUUCCCUCUGGCAUCGAGGCAACUUUCUGUUGCCAGUUCACAAGCAUUAGCAGAGGAACAAGCAAGGAUGCUCCCGGUUCCAGGUGGUAUUUUGAAGAGGAAGGAGCCUGAAGGAGGUAGGAUCAAUAUACUGGAAUCUGGUGCAUUUUUCAAGCCUUGGAAAUUUAUGCUAAAUUAUCAGAGGUUCCUUCCCCAAGCAUGA